AUGGCGGCUCUUCUCGAGAUCUGGUUGGGGCGGCACCAAGGUUUUGAGGACCUUAAUGAGGCUCUCAUCACCCUCAUACCUAAGCGUGAUGGAGCCAUUGACCACAAGGACUUCCGCCCCAUCAGCCUGGUUCACAGCUUUGCGCGGCUGUUGACUAAGGUCUUGGCAAGACGCCUGGCACCGGAGAUGCUGCAGCUUGUUGGCCCGCACCAGACGGCUUUCAUCCGUGGGAGGUGCAUCCACGAUAAUUUCCUCCUGGUCAAAGAGUCGGCCAAGCUUCUGCAUAGGAAGCGAAUCCCUUCCUUGCUCCUCAAGGUUGACACGGCGAAGGCGUUCGAUUCCAUCUCUUGGCCUUUUCUGCUUAGUGUCCUGAGACAGCGGGGAUUCGGGACAAGGUGGCUUGGUUGGAUUAAGCUCCUGCUGCGCACCGCCUCUACGAGUGUGCUCAUCAACGGAGUCGUCGGCGACGCGUUCCGGCAUGGUCGAGGGCUGCGACGGGGAGACCCAAUCUCGCCUUUGCUUUUCGUCAUCGCCAUGGAGGUGCUCCCGUCCCUUUUUUCUACCGCGGUGCGGGCAGGGCUGUUGUCGGAUCUUGCUGCGGUGGGCCUCAGGCACCGCAUCUCCCUCUACACCGACGACGUGGUGGUGUUCGCCAAGCCUGGCAGCCGCGAGCUCGCGACUAUUUGGGGGGGGGGGGAAGUACUGGAGUUGUCGGCGACGCUGCCUUGCCCCAUCUCUCACCUCCCGUGCACCUACCUCGGUCUUCCCCUGUCGCUGCGGAAGCCACGGAAGGAGGACCUCAAGGCGGUCCUUGAUAAGCUGGCGGCCAAGCUGCCGUAUUGGAAGGCCAGGCUCAUGUCGCGGGAGGGGCAUGCCGUCUACGUGCAGGCGAAGACGGAGGCUACCAAGCCAUGGGCUGGCCUGAACCUACACGUUGGUCCGGACUCCUGGGCCCUCUUCAAUGCGUCUGUGGAGGUCGUUGUGGGCAACGGUAGGGCUUCCCUCUUCUGGGAGGAUCCCUGGCUGGCCGGCCUCACCGCUGGGGCCAUCGCGCCCGCGCUGAUGAAGCUCGUCAAGCCGGCGUUCCGCAAACGGCGAUCUAUCCGGGAGGGCCUCGAAAACAACGCGUGGGUGCUCGAUAUCGCCAGCGAGCUAUCAGUGGACGCCACGGUGCAGUACCUACGGCUAUGGGAUGCGGUACACGCGGUGGCUAUUGUCUGCGACGAAAGCUUCGGUAGUGAUGUCUUCAGAUGGAAGUGGAGCGGAGAUGGUUCUUUCUCCUCUCGCUCUGCCUACAGGAUGCUCUUCCAUGGCACCAUCGGGCUCACGGCGGCGCCCUUGAUCUGGGCUUCCUUCGCACCACUCAAGCACCGGUUCCAUGCUUGGCUUGCGCUAAGACGACGGUGUUGGCUGACCGGCGGCUCAGACGGGGCCUCCCAUCCCACAUCUUGUGCCUGCUCUGCGACGUCGCCGACGAGACUAUCGACCAUAUCUCCCUGCACUGCAGCUAUGCGCAGGGCAUAUGGCGAGGGUUAG